AUGGAUAGGCUAUUCGAUGUCGCUGUGAUCGGGGCCGGCAUGGCCGGCAUCGUUGCAGCUCGUGACCUCAGCAAGAAAGGCUAUGAGGUGGUCUUGUUAGAGGCCCGCGACCGGAUUGGAGGACGAACCUAUAUGGAUCACGCUUGCGGUACAGUACUUGAACUUGGAGGAGCCUAUGUGCACUGGACACAACCGCACAUCUGGGGCGAGCUUCAACGUCUCGGAAUUUCUGUCAACGCUCCGACGCAGGAAGGAAGGAGUUACUGGCUUGCCGAUGGAGCUGUACACUCUGGCAGCCCCGAAGAUUUCUAUGGAAUCGUGGCUCCACUUCUAGAACGACUGUUCGCAGAUAGCCGUGCUCGAUUCCCGAUGCCGUUUGACCCUACCGCAAUCGACAACACGGAGAUUGAGAAAGAAUCUAUUGAGGACCGCAUCAAUUCGUUGAAUGUAUCUUCACACGAGCGGGAUGUGUUGGAGGCAGCAUUGUCUGGUGUGGUACAUUCCUACAAAGAUCACGGCAUUGCCCAACUGCUCCAUGCGGUGGCUACAUACUUUGGAAAUUUCGGCGCCUUCCUCGAGACGGCCGGCACCUGGAGCAUCCAGGGCGGUACCAAGAGACUGAUAAAUGGUAUGCUGGAUGAAACGACUGCCAAGCUUCUACUUUCCACGCCAGUGGACUCCAUUGCCGAUGAAGGUUCCCAGGUUACCAUUGGAACCCGGGAUGGCCAAAAGAUCCAUGCCCGUACGACAAUCGUUGCACUUCCAAUAAACACCAUUGGCGACGUGGACAUUACACCAGCUUUGCCGCAUGCGGCGCAAUCCAUGAUUGCGAAGAAGAACCCAACGCUGGCUGGCAAGCUCUGGAUCCGGGUUCGGGGGGAGAUCGAGCCCUUUAGCAUUUAUGCACCGGCUGGGAAAUAUCCGCUCAAUGCCGCAAGGACUGAGAGACAUUUUGACGGGGAUACUCUCGUUCUCUGCAUGUGCUCCGAUGAUGCUGCUAUUCGUAGCGAAGAUCGCUUGGGGGUGCAAGCUGCGCUGCGAAAGUUUAUACCAGGUAUUGAGGUUGUCGAUAUCGCGUACCAUAGUUGGGUCGGUGAUGAAUUUUCCAAGGGAGGUUGGAUGAUGAACCGCCCUGGAUGCUUUACUACUGGUGCCGUGGAACUUCGAAAACCACAUGGCAACAUUCAUUUCGCAGGGAGUGACAUUUCUGUGAGUGAAGCAGGUUCAAUUGAGGGUGCUCUGUCAAGCGGUGCACAAGCCGCUCGUGAUGUCUCUGUCAAACUGACCAAAAGGCAUCUAAAGAUCUAA